AUGACCAAGAGUGAAAACAAUAGCAAGGAUAGUACUACAAGUACAACAAAUAUUCCUGUAAUUAAUGUUUCCCCAAAUAUUAAUGCCACUAAUAAAGAAAAACACAACUAUUUCCUAAACACAGUACCAUCUAAAUCACGCAAAAGUAGCACAAUUGAAUCAGAAGCUAAAAUUUUGUUUAAAGAUACAAUUAAUCUCUCACAAAAAAGUACCUCUAUAAAUAACGAUAAUGAAGAAGUAUUUUCUGAUCAAAGUGACAAUCAGGUUGAUGUUGAUGAGUUGCCUCAAUUGGUUACUUGUGAAAGUAGAACUUCUUCUCAUAGCAAAAGUUUAACCGAAAAUGAACACUUUAUCUAUUUAAAACACGAAAAAUAUCACAAGGAUAAAGGUAUAGCUGGUAUCUUAACAAGGCCUAAGUCUGCUCUUACUAAUAAUCGCAAAGGUAUCCUAUUAUUGCAUGGACAUAGUGGUCAUAAGGACCAAUGUUGUUUACCAUUGAUCAAUGCUAAGUUGGGUUCCAUGGGUUAUUAUGUACUAAGAAUUGAUUUUAGGGGGUUAGGUGAUUCAGAAGAAAAUGCUGAUCCCUCAGUGGGUAGAACCAUUCAACAAGAUAUCGAAGAUAUUGAAACUUGUUAUUUAUUUUUCCGUAACAUUUGUAAUGUUAAAUUAGAUGCCAUAGUAGCACAUAGCAGAGCCGUUAUUUCCAUGUUCCAAUUUGUAAUUGAUAGAUUACAACCUUGCUACCAUGAUUUUAUCUCCAAUCUUUUCAAUUGUUCCGGUAGGUAUGUUUCAAAUGAGUUAAUUACCAAAGUCCAAGAAAAAGCUCCAAACUGGUAUAAAGAUAAAGGAUAUUACUGCAAAGCAUAUAGAAUGGGGAAACUAACAGAUGUUUUUAUCCCAAUGUCUGAAACACUCUCCGCUGCCUCUAUUGAUGUUACCCAAUUUACUCAAAUCGACUCAAGAACUUUUAUUUUCAGUAUAUACGGUGGUAAAGAAGAUAUUAUGCCGUUGAGUUAUGCUACUCAAUAUGCUGAUUUGUUUGGCAGCAGAAGACACAAGUUGGAAAUUAUUCCUAAUGCAGAUCAUUGUUUUUAUGGAUUGGCCAAUGAUCCUAACAUCUAUGGGUUACCAAUAAGAAAGGGUAAAGUUAACUAUAACUAUCUUGUGGUCAACUACGUUGCUGAUUUUUUAAGUGAGGAAAACCAAAUGAAUUUAUUCAAUUCUAUGAAUAAAUAUAUUGAAAAUGAUAUAUACCCACCCUCUUUUAGAUGGCCAUUACCAUUUGAAUAUAGCAACGUUUCUAAUUUUAGGGACAUAGGUGGGUACAAAUUGUCUGAUGAUAACAUUAAACGUGUUAAAUCGAACAUUUUUUACAGAUGUGCCAACCCAUCGAAAAUUACCAAAAGGGGGUUGGAAUAUUUGACUGAAACUUUGCAUGUCAGAAAAAUAUUUGACCUAAGAAGUGAUGCAGAGAGAGAGAAAACAGGCAUUAUUGACUGUGAGAAGGUGAAUGUUGUACAUUUGAAUUUUAAACAAGAUAUGGAUCUUGAAGACAUUGCAUUGCAUUAUCAAGGUAUGUUGUUAUCACCAUUGAAUUUUCCUCAGGCUUAUAUGAUUGUUUUGAAAAAAAGUUUAAAUUGCAUUCGUGAGUUUUUCCAAUAUCUUUUAUCCACUGAUUUGGAAGAGGAGGGAAUAAGUGUGGUUUUCCAUUGCACAGCUGGUAAAGACAGAACCGGGAUUUUAUGUAUGUUAUUAUUGAAAAUUUUAAAUGUAGAUGAUGAAACAAUUUGUAAUGAGUAUUCUCUGACCACAAUUGGUCUAAAAACUGAAACUGAUUUAAUCGACAGCAUAAUGGAAAGAGAUGAACAGUAUUACGUUAAUGUUUUGGGCGAAGCUCAUUAUAAUAAAUACAUUUCUAAAAAAGAUAUUACACCUUUGCAAAUGAAUAAGAAUGUCUUGUCUUCGAAUUAUUUAGCUAUGAGAAUAUUUAUUGAAGAUUUUGAAAAAGAGUUUGGGGGAAUUGAAAGUUUUUUUAUUGAACAUUUGCACUUAUCUAUGAAGGACAUCGAACUAUUAAGAAGUAGAUAUACUUGUUAA